AUGACGAUCUCAGAAGGCAAGUCGUCCGUCACUGUUUUCCCGCUGGACCUAAAGGAGUUCAAUCGUCAUCGAGCCAUCACGGUCAACGGUGCGUCUUUACUGCUCGUCCGUAAACCUAAGCUCCUAAGUGUCCUUUUUGAUCCGCUCCUUAUGUUCGCGGACCAUGCCAUGGAGGUCGCAGGCAAAUCAGCACAGAACGCUGCCAUCCGCACAAUCAUGGGGUGCUAUAAAAUGUCGCCUAUCGAUCAUUAUCAUGCAGAUGCUUCUGCUCUGCCCGUCGCUCCUCCUAUCGCACUCAUAGGCCAGCAGUUUUGGUGGGCCGGUUCGCAACCUGACCAUCAUAAUCACAACCGUUGCCACGCUCUUAGACCCAGCCACCGGGGUCGUUCGCAUAUUACAGUUCUUAACAAGGAAGCUAUCGCCUCUUGUCUCUCGGAUCCAGCGUCUUUACCAGAUAGCCGCUGUCGUAGGAAAACAAAUCCGCCAUCCCGCGGUCGUUUUGGGCUACUAUACACCUGCGAUUUCGACCUUGGGAAGACAACUCUCGGGGGUUUCUUUCUGUUCCUUUACUCAAUUACCAAGUGGUUACUCAAUGGUCCUUUGCCAUUAAUAAAACCGGCUCGACUUGUUCACAUCCUACAGCUGUCCCGACUGCAGCAUCUCUCCGCAUGA